GUGAGUGAAAUCAGCGCGAGACUCUCGCCGCGCUCGGGCCGGAGGAGCGGGUUCACGCGCCGCGGUGUGUGUGUGUGUGUGUGCGCGAGCGCGCGCGCGAGCGAGAGAGGGAGACACGGAGAGCAGUGUGUGAGAGGGACACAGUGCGUGUAUGUGUGCGCGCGAGCGUGUAUGUGUUUACACGCGGAAUGCUGGUCUGAUCCGCGCGCGCGUCAGGAGUGCGGAGGACAGCGCGAGCACAUGAGCGGAGGACAGCGCGCGAGGAAAAGUCUACAAGUUCGGCGCGGAGCAGCUGAAGGUCAUGGAGCUCCGAACUUCUCUCAGUCUGCUGUGUGUGCUGCUGUGCAUGCUGGGAAACCAGGCCAUCACCCCACACAGAGACAGACCUGAGGAUUACACACCAGCUACACACACGCCUGAGGAUUACACACCAGACACCCCUGUGUUACCUCACUUCACCGGCUGUCGUUCCAGAGAGCAGGAGACGUUCCGCUGCUGGUGGAGCGCCGGGACCUUCUCUAAUCUCAGCGAGCCUGGAGCUCUCGUCGUCUUCUUCCAGAUGAAAAACACGCCACUCUCUGACUGGCAGGAGUGUCCUGAGUACACCGCCACGGUGGAGAACGAGUGCUACUUCAGCAAGACCUUCACGCACAUCUGGACGUCCUACUGCGUGCAGCUGCGCGCGACUGCGCAGAACAUCACCUACGACGAGUUCUGCUUCACCGUGGAGAACAUCGUGCACCCUGACCCCCCUGUCGGGCUGAACUGGACGCUGCUGAACGUGAGCCGUUCGGGGCUGAACUUUGACAUCCUGGUACGCUGGGCCCCGCCUCCGUCCGCAGACGUGCACACGGGCUGGAUGAGUCUGAAAUAUGAGGUCCAGUACAGGCAGAGGAACGCCUCCCACUGGGACAAGCUGGAUCUGGAGAGCGGGACGCAGCAGUCCAUCUACGGCCUGCAGACCGAUAAGGAGUACGAGGUUCGGAUUCACUGCAAAAUGUCCGCCUUCCACAACUUCGGCGAGUUCAGCGACAGCAUAUUCGUGCACGUGGCUCCGAUACCCAGCAAAGAGUCGGUGUUCCCGACGAUGGUACUGCUGGUUUCUGGGGUGGUGGGUCUGCUGAUCCUCCUUAUGCUCGUCAUCUUCUCCCAGCAGCAGAGGUUGAUGGUGAUUUUACUGCCUCCUGUUCCAGCUCCUAAAAUUAAAGGGAUUGAUCCAGAGCUCUUAAAGAAAGGGAAGAUGGACCAGCUGAACUCUCUGCUGAGCAGCCAGCACAUGUACAACCAGGACACCUACCGCGAGGACCCCUGGGUGGAGUUCAUCCAGCUGGACCUGGACGACGCCGGAGAGAAGAGCGGAAGUUCGGACACUCAGCGCCUGCUGGGCUUCACCCGGCCUGGCCCGAAGGGUGAUGACGACUCGGGCCGCGCCAGCUGCUACGACCCGGACCUCCUGCCAGACGCCGAGGGCCUUCUGGCGGCCCACUGUGAGAUGGAAGAGCACCACCCGCUGGUCAGCGAGAGCGGCCCAUCCACCCCCAGCCCAGAGGCGACGGACGCGCCCUUCUUACCAUUCCGGACGCAGCCUGUAGGCCAAAGCUGGAUCAACAUGGACUUUUACGCCCAGGUGAGUGACGUCACGCCAGCAGGGGGCGUGGUCCUGUCUCCCGGGCAGCAGAGCGAAACGCCUGGCAUGAACCCGGACGAGAAGAAGAAGAAGGGAGAGGAUGCAGGUGACGAGGAGGUGGAGAAGGAGAAGAAGCUGCAGCUCCUGGUGGUGGGUUCGGACGGAGGAUAUUCUCCAGAGGUCGUUGCCAGGCAGGUCGAGUCUAGCGCCCCCUACAGUCCUGCUCCAGAAAACGCCUACCACGCCCUUCCUCCCGAGCCUGGCGAGGAACCCCAGACCUGGAGUGUUGGGUACUUGGUGCCUGAUGGAGAAGCCCAGGCACCAUACUUUCUACCUGAAGCUCCGCCAGCCUCCGUGCUGCCCCCUGUCUCAGACUAUACGGUAGUGCAGGAGGUGGAUGGGCAGCACAGCCUUCUGCUAAACCCCUCGGCUCCACAAUCACCAGCAUGCCCACCGAACCCCACCAAACACCUGCCCAGCAUGCCAGCCGUGCCCAUGGGGUACCUCACCCCAGAGCUGUUGGAGAACCUCAGCCCGUGAACCUAAGGGCGUCUGCAGAAGCUAAAGGGCGAUUGCUCGAUUGUUUUUUCACCAUUUAUACACGGCCUUUUCAUCUGUCUGCUGGAACCCAAAGUCGCGCGACGGAGAGACGCAGAACAGUCGGAUUAUUCCACCCAGGACCGCGUGCUGUGUUGGCUUGUUCUGAUGUGCUAGUCUAUUGGGGAAACGCUGUAAAUGUGCCUGUUUCUGGCUGGUAUUCAUGCUGUUUGCCGGCACACGCAAGCGGAAAUAUCCCUCAGAAACGCUUUGUGCCUGAGCCUAAUGAGCCAUGUAUUCAUCCUGCGUUUUAGCGACUGGGUUUGGUUAGACGUCACAGCGCAGUACGGGAUGUUUUUCGGACAGGGAGUGAGUCUAAAAUGGUCUUUCAUCCGUCUAGUUUUGGGCUUAAUCUCAGAAAGUUAGUUUAAUGCACGCACGGGUUUCAGACAAACCACUUUUGCAUUAGAAUUUAGGGACGUUUAGUUUUUAGCUGUGAUUCAGCGGUCCCGAUAAACUGGACUGAAAUAUUAGAGAUGGCACGAUACCGAUACCGAUACUGAUACCGAUACUGAUACCGAUACCGAUACUGAUACCGAUACCGAUACCGAUACCGAUACCGAUACCGAUACCGAUACCGAUACCGAUACUGAUACUGAUAC